UCGUGGUUCAGGCCAUGCGAACUGGAGGCGGGUUAUGGACAAUUCCGAUUCCGGGGCACGGGGCCCGCCGCCCCAGGCCGGACGCUGUUCCAUUGAUAGUUGAGUGAGUGAGUGUUGCCCCCCCCCCCCCUCCCCCUCAUCACCAUAUUGAACAUGUUCGCCUUGCCAGGCUCGGCGAUGGAUGUCUUGGAAAACAUGGAAGGGGACAACGUACUGAACUUGUCCAGGAUGAACCUGGAGACUUUGGUGGCGUUGGAGGACAUCAGCGAGGAGAAGAGGAAGGAGACUCACCAACUGCUGCUGACACACAACAGGUUCACCGUCUUCCCUGGAAACGUCGCCUACUUGAGCAACCUGUUGUUCCUGGACAUUAGCUCCAAUGGGCUGGCCCAUAUCUGCGACCAGAUCUUGGGACUGAGCAAACUUAAGACCUUGAUAGCCAAAAACAACAGGAUGGACGAGUUCUCGCUGCCCAAAGACUUCGGAAAGAUGAACUUGGAGGUUGUCAACUUCAGUGGCAAUCGAUUCGAGGAGGUUCCUCCUCAGCUUCUAGAAUUGCAAAGACUCAAGUCUCUCUCACUUGGGGGAAACAGGCUUAAAACCAUCCCAGCAGAGAUAGAGUACUUAACCAGCCUGGAGCUGUUGUACCUGGGUGGGAAUGGGAUUCUAUCCAUCCCGCCGGAACUUGCCAACCUGCCUUACCUCAGCUACCUGGGACUGUGUGACAACCAGAUUCAAGGCCUUCCACCGCAGCUUGCGCAGCUGAAUUCUCUGCGGUCACUCAGCCUUCACAACAACUUGCUCACAUACCUUCCUCAAGAAAUCCUCACCCUGGUGCACCUGCAGGAGCUGAGUCUCCGCGGCAACCCCCUGGUGGUGCGGUUCGUCAAGGACUUCAUCUACAACCCUCCGUCGCUGCUGGAGCUGGCUGGCCGCAUUGUCAAAUCCCGCAACUUCCAGUACUCUCACAAAGACAUGCCCGCAAACCUGGUCAGCUACUUGGAUUCUGCCAGCAAGUGCCCCAAUCCCAAGUGUGCAGGAGUUUACUUUGACUCGUGUGUCCGGCACAUCAAGUUUGUCGACUUCUGUGGCAAGUACCGCCUGCCCCUCAUGCACUACCUGUGUUCCCCGCAAUGCUACUCGCCCUGCAGCUCCAACUCUCAGAGCGACUGUGACUCUGACGAAGAGUUCAACAUCCCCCAGCACCGGAUGCAGAAGGUUCUCCUUGGUUAACGGCCGUUCCCGGCGCUCGCCUGAGGAUUUGGAUGACUGUAAUCCUGGCUGACUUGAACCUGUCGAAUGCAACACAACAUGUCAGGGUUUUAUUCAAUCCAAUCGUGAAACAAUUACACUAACAUUCAAACCUCCCCAUCAGAUUUGCAGUUUAUUGGAUUAUUCUUAAUCUUUGAAGUAUUAUCACAGACUCUUAAAUAUUUGUAUUAAAGGACUAUAUUUUUAUGCCAGUGAUUUUGAAAUGUUCCUGUAAUUCUUUAUUGGAUUUGCAAAGAGUUAUUUUAAAUAACAAUAGUCUAAAAUAUUAUGUAAAGCACAGCUUUAAUGCGUCAAAUUAUUACUAAACUUUUGCUAAUGUUUGCUUUUGAGGAGAUCCUGUCUGUAAAAUAGAAUAUACCAAGCAGAAGGUAGACAAAAAAUGCUGGAGAAACUCAGCGGGUGAGUUUCGACCCGAAAGGGUCUCGGCCCGAAACGUCGCCUAUUCCUUCUCUCCAUAGAUGCUGCCUCACCCGCUGAGUUUCUCCAGCAUUUUUUGUCUACCUUCGAUUUUUCCAGCACCUGCAGUGCUUUCUUAAAUAUACCAAGCAGAGAAUUGUUUUUGAUUUUUGACAAACUGGGUUUAAAUUGUGGAGCCAUGUCCUUUGCUAGAAUAGUUACUUUGGCAGCAGCCUUGUAGUGAAUGCUGGUCCUUGCUUGUUUCCAGUCAAGGACACUCACCUUUCAACAUCUCUACUAUAUUUCCCUGUGUCACAGAAUACAGAACAACACCGCACCAUUUGGCCCAUGCAUCUCGUCAUUAAAAAAUAAGUUGCAAGCCAUUGAGGAAAUGCUGGACACUUGUUGGUGUCCAUCGUAAGGUUCCUCUCGUGGUAUACAUUCUUCAUAAGUUAUAUGAAGGAGAAUUUGGCCAUUUGGCUCAUCAAGUCUACUCUGCCAUUCAAUCAUGGCUGAUCUAUCUCUCCCUCCUAACCCUAUUCUCCUGCCUCCUCCCCAUAACCCCUGACAGCCGUACUAAUCAAGAAUCUAUCUAUCUCUGCCUUAAAAAUGUCCAUUGACUUGGCCCCCCCCCAUUCAUCCAUUUGAAAUUGGUUGUGUUGCGUGUGGAUUGGUUACCUGACAGAAAGCAUGAACGCUUCACAUUGGUUUAUGUCGGACAUUCCCUGAACUCGUCUAUCGAUGGCAAUGGGGACAGAGAGAAACAUGCCGUUUAUACAUACAACGCUGGGAGAAAAUUUCCCCAGCUGUGAACUUGUACACCGUGUGGGAUUUAUUGUUUAUUAUUGCUUUCAUCGAAGUGUUUGGAAAAUAAUAUUUGAGUUCCAUUUCAUCUGGUGCUGUUCAAAUUAAUCAAGUCCUGUUCCCAGUUUCACGUAGACUGGUGUUUUACCGUUUUAAUGCUGGAGUUAUGCUAUUGAAAGGAACAAAUGGGACUUUAGUGAUGGAACAGUCUACCGCAACAAAGUGUGUAAGAUGGGAUAUAAAACAGAUUUAUUCUAAUGUAGAGCCAGUUUAUUAAAUAACACUGGAGACUAUUCAAAUGUUAGGGUGAAACCUUGAAUAAAAUGCACAAUGUGGACAAACUUGUUGAGAGUUUGGGGGCUUGUGUGGUGCAAAUUAAUUUAUUUUAUUUGAUUCACAAUAUUUGACAAGAUACUCGUGACGUGUUUUGAGAAUGCGGCCGAGCUGAAACUGGGGCUCGAGAUUCAGCCGCAUCUUUCUUAGCUGUGAAUCAACAAAAUAAAAAGACCAUUGUUUUACUUAAAAAGAAUCAAACUCCUUGCAUUCAGAAGGAGGAUUUUUUUUUUUGCGUUGUUCAUUGCAGAACUGAAUAAAAAUCAUGAAUUAUA